CUUUUCAUUGUCAGUUCUUGUUUUUCAUUCAAAUUUAUUAGAAAUUUGAGAGUUUCGAAGAGAAAGCUUUGUUGAAGAAAUGGAAAUUUCAAACAAAAUACAAAAUGCUUAUAUAGUUAAUGUAAAAAGGAGCUAAUUCAUGAAUUGAAGAAUUAGAAAGUCGCGACCAUAACCAAAACAGUGAUGUCCCUAAAAUCUUGAAUGAUUUGUUUGGGUUCUGUGAUGAUGAUAAUUUAUUGAACAGAGAAAGGAAGAAAUGACAAAUCAUCUGAUGGGGGUUUUCGUUCAAACACAAACAAUGUUGAUUCGAUUCAAUGUGAAGAAUUGAUUAUUACAUUAUGUUUGGUAGUCAUUCCCUCCUUAGUAAUACUUUUGUUUGGUUCACCGUUUCUUCAUUCGGCCGAAUUACUUAAAGUAUUUCUAUUCCCUCGAAUGCGUAAUAAGGAUUCAAUGCUAAAAGCUUUGAAUGACCAUUCCUACCAUUGCCGAAUAGAAAUGAAGAAAAUUUUUUCCAAAAUCUCCUUCAAACUUUCUCUACAAUUUUAUCACAGCAAUACCCUUUCAGUAUUUCAGAUUAGGAGAUAUGGUGCAACAGACAAAAAAUUAUUAAGAAAUAUACAUUAUAGUGCUUUGGAGCAGACACAAAUUGAUGUCCAGACACUAGAGGGUCAAAUGGAACCAGAAGUUCUGCUAGCAGGCAAUAUAGACGGCUCAUUCAGUCUCUUAAAGGUUGGAAGUGAACUCCAUUUUGACUAUGGGAUCACACGCAUUCUAGAUCGUGUUUGGCCUUCCGCCAAAGGGGAUGUGGAGAGUGAUGAAAUGCCUCCGUAUGUCUCAAGGCCUGCAGCUGCUCCACUUCAUAUGUCGUUAAGAAUAUCUUGUAUAAGAUUGUGUGAAAAGCAAUCUUUUUCUACAAACAAUGCUCACUGUAUCCUUUAGUGAUCACUUAUCUUGACAGGUUCUUAAAUAUAAUGAAGACAUUAAUUCCUGAAA